CGGUGCGCUCGGUGCGGUUCCCUUGUCCCCCAUCCCACGGAGGCUCCAGGGGCCGCCGCGCCUCGCUCCUUGGCCGCCGCGAUCGCUGUAGCAUCAGAACACUCUCCUUUUGGAUUUCUACAUGGGGUCUUCCAAGAAGGUUACCAUCUCAGUGCUCAGCCGGGAGCAGUCAGAAGGGGUUGGAGCACGGGUACGCAGAAGCAUCGGCAGACCCGAGUUAAAAAAUCUGGAUCCGUUUUUACUUUUUGAUGAAUUUAAAGGAGGUAGACCUGGUGGGUUUCCUGAUCAUCCACAUCGAGGUUUUGAAACAGUAUCUUAUCUUCUGGAAGGGGGAAGCAUGGCCCAUGAAGACUUCUGUGGACAUGUUGGUAAAAUGAACCCAGGAGAUCUGCAGUGGAUGACCGCUGGCCGGGGCAUUCUGCACGCUGAGAUGCCUUGCUCUGAGGAGCCAGCCCAUGGUCUGCAACUGUGGGUUAAUUUGAGAAGCUCAGAGAAGAUGGUGGAGCCACAGUACCAGGAACUGAAAAGUGAAGAGAUCCCCAAGCCCAGUAAGGAUGGUGUGACAAUUGCUGUCAUUUCUGGAGAAGCCCUGGGAAUAAAGUCCAAGGUUUACACUCGCACACCAACCUUAUAUUUGGACUUCAAAUUGGACCAAGGAGCAAAGCAUUCCCAACCUAUUCCUGAAGGGUGGACGAGUUUCAUUUAUACCAUAUCUGGAGAUGUGUAUAUUGGGCCUGAUGAUGCUCAACAGAAAAUAGAACCUCAUCACACAGCAGUGCUUGGAGAAGGUGACAGUGUCCAGGUGGAGAAUAAGGAUCCUGAGAGAAGCCAUUUUGUCUUAAUUGCUGGGGAGCCAUUAAGAGAACCAGUUGUUCAACAUGGUCCAUUUGUGAUGAACACAAAUGAAGAAAUUUCUGAGGCCAUUCUUGAUUUCAGAAAUGCAAAAAACGGGUUCGAAAGGGCUAAAACCUGGAAAUCAAAGAUCGGAAACUAGUGAAGAGCCCAGAAUAGGUCUUGAUGCUUCCUAGAAUUUUGCCAUUUGUGGUGUCCAGCCAUUUGAGGCAUUCAGUUUCCAAAACUGACUUAGCCAGUGCUUCUAAAGAAUUCCACAUUAAAGUGAUAACAUGGUUUUUGUGGCAAUGUAUGUAGGAUAUUUCCUGGCACAUGCAAAUAAACCUAAU